AUGAUUCCUGCAAUGCUUACCAAAAAAAACCUUAGUAAACACACUAAAAGUUUACAGAAUAAUAGAAAACGCGAGUUUCUUGAAAAAUAUCUUGAAGACCAAUUGGAAGCUAUUAGAACCGCUUCAAUUGAUGAAGCUGGCUCUUCAGCAAGCUCUUGCACUGAUGAUGGUGUUGGCGUUGGUGUUGAUAAAAAAAAUUACAAUAAAAAGUCAAAACACACCACUAACAAAAAAGCUUUUGCUGGAAUAUCUACUAGUAAAAAGGGCCUCAGAACACCUAGAUUCAGUAAACAUUUUAAACAAUCACAUUCUGAAUAUUCUGAACACUUGGAAGAGGGAGAAAAGAAAGAUGUGAAAGAUAUGGAGAAGUUGGAAAUUUCUGCUUUAUAUGAGUCAGCGUUUAGUGAAAAUAAAAAAUCAGCAACAACCUCACAAAGAUCCUGUUAUGAAAUAAUUGUUGUUAACGAUUCAGCGUCAAUUUCUUCUUCGUCAUCAAGGCUUACUGUUGACACUGCAGUUGAACCAUUAAGGUUUAAAUCAACAGUGUAUGGUGUUGACUUUUAUAUCAGCAUUAAAAUUAAGAUCGAUGAAGAUGUUAUGGACAAGUUACUUUUGUAUGAAGAAAUUGUUGUAAUAGUUGAAGUGGCGAAGAUGAUAAAUAUUGUUUGCAUUAUGCUUUAG